AUGGAGGGGUUCCUGUCCACCUUUCCACCAUACAAUGUAUAUGGUAACCCUGUCUGCGCUUCCCCGGCUCAGGUCGGCAACUGGGGCAAGAGAGAUGGUCGCUUCAUGAACCCCCAGGGCCUCAACUACCUGGAGCUCUACAAGACCCUCCUAUCCCAGGUCAACCCCAGUUUACCCCCUCCGCUCAAGAAGGCGAACACCAAAGAGUGCGGCGUGCAAGUGAACGCCAGGGUGGAUAAAAUUGUCCAGUGCUCUCUUGGCCCCAAAACGCUGUUCUGCGAUGAACUUCCCACUCCCUGCAAGCUCCCCAGGAGCCCCGAUGCGUCCACACCGGAGGGGAAGGCGCAGUGCCACACGCCGCCAAUGAGCAACUUGCGCUUCCUGAGGCCCGUGUCCAUCUAUUCGCCGGUGUUUGACCGCAGGCUCUUCCCAAAGAAACUCGAAGACUGCGGUGGUGAAGGAGAAGGUGAAGCCGCCGCCGAGCAGGCCACGUCCGAGGCCGAUGGGGAUCAAAGUGGCGAGGAAGCCCCAGAGGACUCCAAGACAGCUAUCCACCGGUCUCCAAAGGGAGCCAACUUUCAGUUCCUGGAGCAGAGGUAUGGGUUUUUCCACUGCAAAAAGUGCAACAUCCGGUGGGAGAGUGCUUAUGUAUGGUGCAUCUCUGGAACCAGUAAGGUGUACUACAAGCAGCUCUGCCGGAAGUGUCAAGUGGGGUUUAACCCCUACAGAGUGGAAUCUAUCCUGUGCAAGGGUUGCUCUCAGACUUGCUGCAUCUGUGAGAAGAAGCAGAGGCACAUUAACAUGAAGAAGCCUCACCGUCAGGACCUGUGCUGUCGCUGCAAGGGAAUGAAGCUGUCCUGUGACGCCACCUACAGCUUCAAAUACAUUGUCUGA